AUGCGAUCUGAGGGUCACGUGUCUUCAACAACACAUCUAUAGCUACGGCUGUUCCGGCGUGGAUCUGGUUCUGGAGGACUUGAAUUCCAGAUUGCCUUGAGCGUAAAUUCAGCUGGUGCUGCAACCCAAGGUUAACUUUGAGCUUGUUUCUCCAACGAUGGGCCGGGACCGUGACGAUUCGACUCGGGCAGGGCGCACCAGAGGGGCCAUCCUUUUAACGGGGAAUGGAGUUACGAUUGACCCCGGAAGCAGCCUGAGAGUCUCGCUAAAAGGGCCGAACGACCGUCUGGAGAUAUCGUUGCCAAACACUUCCAGGCCAAAGUAGCUGAAAAUGGGAAAGGUUAGACGAUACGUCUCCGCGCGACUGGCAGCUCAUCUUGUAGCUGCCGCUCUUGUUUCGCCCAUCUGCGCGCAAACAACUUCGACGUUACCUGCAGAUAUCGGGAGUUGGGUCAAAUUUACCGAUAAUUGCGGCAUCGUGCCCGUCCAUAUGGCACUGAACCCGGGAGACAAAUUGUUUCUAAACGAGCGCCUACAUUAUUUGGGACAACAGUCCGAUGGUUUCUCCCAGGCAGACCUGGUUGCUCGCAGUGCAACUGGUUGGUAUAAUGGGAACCCAAACGUGAAAGACUACCUAAGCGAUGCUGGCGAGUUCGACUUCAAUACAAAAACCUAUACGAUUAUCGACCGCCACUUUGCCCCGAAUGACACCGUCGGCAAAAACAUGGGAUAUGCCUUCUGCGGGGGCCAUUCACAGAUGGCAGAUGGACGUUAUGUUGUCGUUGGCGGGGAUCAGUUCUGGUACCGCCAGUUUACCAAUAGCGCAGGUGUGAGCGCGAGUUACACUUCUGAUGGGCGACGCGACAUUCGUUUUUACACUCCCUCCACUGGGACGACGGGUCCAGUGUAUGCCAAAGUAGCGGAAAUUUACAACGCGAACAAUCUCGGUCCCGACGAUCCUGCCCGGGCCAUGUGGGGUCGCUGGUACCCAUCACUCGUUACAUUACCCGACGAGCGCAUUGCAAUCGUUGGCGGUCAACGGGCAUUCUUCAUCAGUAACAACGCUUCAUGGGACAAUCCUACAUAUGAGAUUUUCAAUCCCUCGACAUUGAAGUCAACGCCACCGCGAACUCUCGAUGUGCUGAAGAGGAAUUACCCUGUCAACAUGUAUCCCGUUGUAUAUGUGCUUCCUCACUCUGGAAAGUUGUGGGUGUAUGCGAACAAUGAGUCCGCGAUCGUCGAUAUCACCGCAAAUACGGAAACUCCUCAUGUCAAUCUCGACUUGGCGAAGGAGAAUGGUUUGCUCGGCCGCAGCUUCCCAUUUCCGGGCACAAACUUCGUCCCAAUGCUGAGCUACCGUGAUGAUUACAAGAUGGAGUCGUGGUUUUGCGGCGGUGUGAAUAGCACGGAUGCAACAGGUGCUCAAAUUGCUCGCGAUUAUGGAGCGACAGAUUGGUACGCAAACUGUCCGAACUGCGGCGUGACUCAGCGCUGUCAUUAUCUGCCUCUCGAAACCGAUGGAGCUGCAUGGACUCGUGAGGACAUGCCCAUUGCCCGCUCUCAACCCGCAUCGGUGAAUCUCCCUGAUGGCCGCGUUGCUAUCCUCAGUGGCUCUGGCAGAGGACAUCAAGGCGGUGUCUUUGGGCUCCCUUUGGCUAGUCAGGGUGUCAAGCAACUGGUGCUCUUUGAUCCGAAGGCUCCAGUUGGCCAUGUGAAACGAUGGGUCGUUGCUGCCGAGGCACCGACCGCUCGCCACUAUCACAAUACGGCCUUGCUUCGCGAAGACGGCACCAUUGUCGCUGGGGGAGGGGAUGCCCAGAACGGUGACUCGCCCAACACUCAGAAUCCCGCCGACUUCUCGUUGGACGUGUACUCCCCUCCGUACAAAUUCGCCGCCAACAUUCUGGAACUGGGCACUCUGGCCGUCACGAAUGUCGCUUACGGACAGCAAAUCAUCCUCCCGUUUACUACCGCCAACGCCAUCUCCAUCGCUAAGGUUGGCAUCAUUCGCUAUGCGUCAAUGACGCACACCGUCAAUCUCGACCAGCGUCAUAUUGAGCUCGAGAUAUUAAAAUACGGGAAAGACAAGCUUCUGGUCAAACUACCGGUCAAUUCCAAUAUUGCGCAACCCGGUAAUUGGAUGGUUUGGCCAGUAGACAGCCGCGGUGUGCCCGUGAAGAAGUCGGCUCGCAUCAAUCUUCGCGCAUCAAACCCUGGUGGGGACGCCGCGUGGGCUGACGCAGAUACCGUUGCCACUCCUACUUUCCCCGACCCCUAUGCUUCCCCCGUCGUUCCCGCCGUUCCCGCCGUUUCUGCCGUUCCCACCGUUCCCGUUGAGGAUCAGCAUAGUGGUACUACAUCGAAGUUUGCUCAGUAUGGUGCCGCCGCCGCUGCAGGAAUCGCUGCUGUGGCGAUUGCUGCUGGGUUCGCUUGAUGGGUGCGAUUUGGGAUGUCAUGGGGUGGAUUGAGUUUGUCUACGUACUUGUUUCUGAGAUUUUGCAAUAUAUAGCAUACACAUGCGAUUUUGGACCCACUUUGUAGUAGAAAC